AUGGAGGUUGGCGAGGAUCCAGAGCUGCUACUUUUUCAUGCAGAAGAGAAGGAUUUCGUCAAUACCUUGAAGCGUUUUCUGGAGGUGUUUGAACUUACAAAGCAGCGUGAAGAAGAACAGAGCGCCUUGGAAGCUAUCACAGACUUAGUUCAGCCGCCUACAUUUGAUGAAGCAGAGGUGUUGGAGGUUCUGAGCUCUGCUGGAGCCAGUGACGAAGAUGCCGAGAUGCUGGAAUUACUUUCGAGCGUUCACUUUGGGCCGUCACUGAUGACCGCCAUGAACCAAGACUCAUACUGCGUGCAGGCGUUGCAGGACCCGGUUUUAAUGGCCAGCAUGCAGCAGCUCAUGGCCAACCCAAAGGACUUUGCGAUAUCGGCAACACUUCAAGGGCCUGUAGUGCGGGAGUUUUUCCUAAAGCUGAUUGCGCUCUCCUUUGCGGUGCAAGAACAGAGUGACGAAGAGUGAGCUCUCAGAACUCGUAGGCAUGAGAGUGUUUAUCCAUCUAUAAAUGAUAAGCCACGGAGCCAAUCUAUCGUUUGAGUCCAUUUU